UCCCCGUACCGCUGUUACAGUCUGGAACUGGAGUAAUAUCGAGAGCCUUGCUGAUCCGAGCUCCAUACUAAUUGUCGAACCACAUUGCGAACUUUUGAAACUAGCCCUGGCAUUUGGUCAGUGUGAUAAUCGACUGGUUCUGUGAAGUUCGCCAUGAGUGGAUGGAACUAGAUAUGGCCUUCGUCAGCUGCGGAUUUUGAACUGACAAAUCUCAUUUGUCAGUUCUUGAUGGACGAUGUUGUUGAAACAUCGUCUGUGACAGUGAGUUCUAGAGCUGUAGCUUGCUUAAUAGGUUAUCAUCGGUUUUCUCUGAAUGUUUUUCUCGCACUGACAGAUCCUUGUAAGGAAUCCUUGCCAUUUCCGUCUGGUCCCGUCGAUUGGAUCGAGCUCUCUACCUCGAAAGGGUUGGUGGUUUGGUAUCUCUAUCAUGGCCUUUUCUCCUAUCUCAGACAUUGCAGCUUGAGUUCGAUUGCGAGUUGUGCUUAUUUCAUCAAAGGCUUCAUCUGAAGGUUUGAGCUUUCAUCGUUGUGACCCUCUCCUCAGUCCCACUGACGACGCGGUCCUCAGGCCUUCAGAUAGAUUGAGUAUAAUCUUCUGUGCAACGAACUGACGACGUUUCUAAUAUGAAGUGUUCUUCUACAAAUCCCUGUCACCAGGGUAGGUGAUGGUUCAGGUCAACCCCAGACGAUAGGUCCGUAUUGGGUUUGGUUCUAGCUUAUACAUGUGUUAGAAAGGUUAUAUGAAUCACGAGGAGUCAACAAUUCAUGUGCACAACUCCGUCUGGGGAUUACGUUCGGAGUAUGAAUGCUGCUCAUGCAUGUCCUAUUGAUCGAGUCAGAACAGACUCUACUUGAAAUUAGUACGGGUUCCAAAAUCUUACUAUUUGGAAAAUAUUUGCGAUGUGUCCAUUGAGUUUGUCCGGUGCAGUCAGCUGAGAACAGUUCCAAAAGUCAUCUGUCUCCAACACCAAAAUGACUGCUGCCUUGCACAGUGGAUGAAAGCUUCGAAGAGUGAAGAAACCAGGCCAGGCUGACGCAGAAGUUCUCGUCAUCUUUCGAUGGAGGACUCAGAUGCUUGGAAGGAAGCCAUGGUGAAGUCUUGCAACCGCUCAUUCUCGAUGCCUUUGACAAGGGAAGAUACAGGGAACAAAACCUUCAUGCUCGGUAGGUCACUCUCUUUUUCGGUAGAACGGACACAGGGCCAGUCUAGACUUGAAGCGUACUAUCCCUCGACAGUUCCCAGGCUUCAGGGGGUAGAAUGCAGAGUGGAUGUAAAUGGAGCACCUUCUAGUGAUAGACAGAAGAUUCUUACCAAUCAUCAGAAGAACGACCUGAUGGAGUGUGAUGGGAGCAAUAGCCGCGGUCGUCCAUUCUAUCUGAAGUUGACGUCGACUACAGUCUCUGCAGGUCUCUACCUUUCAGACUUCCUGACUAAUGUCUUAGUUUUGAAGGAGUACUAUGAAAUGUACCAGAUCGCCAAAAUUAAAAACGUUCACACAAGUAAUGAUAUCACUCCUUUUGCUGCAUCCCUGAGUUUGAUGUUGGCAUCACAUAUAAUAAAUGUGGUCGCUUUCAAGCUGAAACUGGCACCUGAAGAAAAUCCUAUCAGAUCUGCUUUUUUUCUUCCUCUCCUGCAACUGCGAAGAUUCUUGGCUGGAGUCUGGAAGAUAAGCACAUGCGGAAGCUCAGAGAGGUGGGAAUCUGAACAAACCGAAGCGUUUUACGCAAUAAUGUCGAGUGCCAUGGAAACUGCUCCGCAGCUGGUCCUGCAAUUCGAUGUGUUCGUAUACAUCGGCUAUUUCGCUCAAAGCUGGCGACCAAAACCAGUCUUCGUCGCUUCCCUCAUAGCAGCUCUCGUCUCAGGAGGCUACAACACUGGCAGGGCUAUCAUGUACGAGGCUAACAUGAAAUGGUCCCUAGCCCUGAACUGGCUGGGAUUAGCAGGAGGGUUGUAUACAAUUGGAGAGCUGCUGCUCAGGUGCACAGCCUUGGCAUGCGUGCACCUGGCGGACGCUUCGCAUAGGUUCACGGCUUACUACUUCAUCCUGGGGAUACUUCCGGCGUCUUACAUCAGCAGCGUCCUUUCACUGGGCCAUACCAAAAGAAUCUGCACAUUCUACGGCCAAAUCAAACUUCUGGUCGCUUGUUGGGUCACCAUCUGCCUCGGACCACCAUACGCUGUACUAGAGGGCUAUGUCAGCGAACGAGAGAAGUCGAAAUGGUUCAAACUCUACCUCUUGCCAUUUACAGUGAUUUUGAACAUGUCAGUGGAUAUGAUCACUCUGUGCGUCCUCGCAGUUCGAGAAUUGAGCCCCUGCAACUUCAGCCCAGAGCUACUAAGGCCGAAUCAACGAUUUUUGAGCUCCACAAUGAAAUGUUAUCAGUUCAAAACUUUUGUUGGAGUCGGUGUUGCUCUUACAAUCUUCUCUUUGGCACUGAUGGUGUACUUCCUGGCUGUAGCGUCCUCGGAUCAUCAAAGCUUGGCCUCUUUUGACGACAAGAGACCUGGAAACGCGAGGGCCCCUGAUCUGGAUGUAGAGACUCUUCCUCCAGCUGAGAUUCCACUCAAUCAUGGCAUGGACCUUCCAGAUUCGAGGAGCCACCAUGUAUAAUCUCGAUUUCCCCUCAUCGAACUAAACGUUCUGUGGACGGUCCUAUUAGUGAGACCAAUAGUUAUUUACUUGUUUCCUUUUUUCCUACGGGAUCGUCAAAGUCCACGAAGCCAAUGGCUAUAUUGUACAUAAUGAGCUGUAAAAUAGCAGCUUUUAGCUGCAUGAUCUAAUCCUACGUUUAUUUGUCACGGUGCUGCUGUCCUGGGGGGCACUGAUUUCUGAAGCUGUAUCUGUUGUGCUUGUUGGAGAGCCCAACUGAGGACCUGGGGAACCAGCUGGCCACCAUGAUGCGGAGAAAUUUGAUCUGCAUGGUGCUGUAGCGUAUAAGUUUGCUGUCGCUGUAUAUAUUCGCCAUCAUCGGUGUGUGCAUCAGGCCGAUUCUCGGCUUUAUGAGAAGGUCACACCCAAGACAGUUGAGAUCUAAUUCAUUUUUUUUCGGUUCGGGUGAAGUCUAAUGGUUGAUGG